AUGAACGUGGUAGUUGCGAUUGAUCGAUUUCUCGCUACCGUAUGCCCAUUAUGGUACUUCCAAACCACAGUUCGAUAUGCCAUAGUUGUGAUUUCAGUGGCUUAUGGAAUUUCCUUCUCGACAAUGAUUCUGAACUUGGUUUUGGUGCUCAGCAAUGAAAACGCAAAAUAUGCAGCUGUUAACGUUUUUUGCAAUUUCACAGAAACAGCUUUUCCCGGAUUCAGGGACAUAAUAGCUUAUUAUAGAUGGUUAUGCAUUGUUAUCGCGGCUUUACUCUAUAUAAUGGUAGUACUACUCAUUCGUAAGGUAAGAUUGUGCGCAUAUAUCACUUUCGUAGAGCAAUCAGUGUAG